UAAAAAAGUAUAUUUGACAGAUAUCAAAAUGUCCAGAAUUCAUUAUAAAAAAUAAUGUUUUUAUUUACAAAGCUGCUUGUUAUUUAUAUUUAAUUUUGAAAGCAAACUAGCGGUUAAUAUGGAUGUAUGUGAAGCCAACGACUAUUGCAUUUUAGAAGAAGCCUCUCAGGACAACUUGGAAAUCUGUGAAAGUACGAGUGAUGUAAAUAAUCUAAAUGUUGAAGCGAAACCGAAUGAUGGAUCAGAAAAAACCUGUGCAGUUUGGACAUCAAAUGCCACGACAACAUUGCUGAAGCUAUAUGAGAACAAAUUAGAAAUGCUGGAAACACCUAAAAAGAAAACAAGGAUUUGGAUAGCAAUAUCACAAAGUUUAAGUGAAUAUGGCAUAGAGAUGACUCCCGAUCAAGUCAGAUGGAAGAUAAAUGCCUUAACAAAGAAAUACAAACAAUGUGUGGACAGCGGCCAACAUGAUAAAUUUAAAUACUUUAAAAUAAUGAAUGAUAUUUAUGCACAGUACGAUGUAGAUUGUGACUCCUAUACAUUAACAGAACUGUUACAUAGAAAGAAAGACAGGAAAAUAAACACAAACAAUGACCAUAAUGCUAAAAUGAAUGCUGAGAGCAAGGCUGUGAUUGAAAUGAGGAAAAUAAGACUUGCAAAUAGAAUAGAGAGUGACAGGUCUCAAGGUAAAAUACAAUUAGAGAAACAAUGGCUAGAAUACUUGAGAAGACAAGAAGAACAGAAGCAGUGGAGAGAUGAAAUCUAUGAUAGAAACUUGAAGUUGAGGGAGGAAGAACUAGAGCUGAGAAAAAGGGAGUUAGAGAUAAAAGAAACACUUGAGUUGAAGAAAAUACAGCAAAAAGAAAAAGAAUACAGAGACACCUUACAAAUUGAAAGGGAAAAAUGUGAAUUACUUAAGACAAUAUUUAGUAGUAGGUAUUAGAUAACUAUUA